AUGGCCUUCUCCCAGGUGCAGUGCCUGGAUGACAGCCACGUCAACUGGAGGUCCAGUGAGUCCAAGCCUGAGUUCUUCUACAGCGAGGAGCAACGCCUGGCCCUGGAGGCGCUGGCCUCCCGCGGCCCCGACGCUUUCUACGAGGUCCUGAAGAAGGAGAACAUCAGGGACUUCCUCUCCGAGCUGGAGCUAAAGAAGAUCCUGGACACAUUAGAGACGUAUGACCCCGGCUCUGAGUACAUCCCACGUCAUGGGGGCAGCACAGGGGAGAGUGAUGGUGACCACAACAGCCAAGGGGAUGAGCAGGACGUGGCCCCCUCCCUGGAGUACUGGCCCCAGAGGUCCGACCGCUCCAUCCCCCAGCUGGACCUGGGCUGGCCCGAGACCAUCGCCUACCGGGGGGUCACCCGCGCCACCGUCUACAUGCAGCCCCCGAUCGAGGGGCAGGCACACAUCAAGGAGGUGGUGAGGAAGAUGAUCUGCCAGGCUCAAAAGGUCAUUGCUGUGGUCAUGGACAUGUUCACUGAUGUUGACAUCUUCAAGGACCUGCUGGAUGCCGGCUUCAAGAGGAAAGUGGGAGUCUACAUCAUUUUGGAUGAGACCAACGUGAAGCACUUCCUACAAAUGUGUGAACGAGCCCAGAUGCACACCGGGCAUUUGAAGAACCUGCGAGUCCGGAGUACAGGGGGGACAGAGUUUUUCACCCGCUCGGCCACCAAGUUCAAAGGGGCUUUGGCCCAGAAGUUCAUGUUUGUGGAUGGGGACCGGGCCAUGUGUGGAUCCUACAGCUUCACCUGGUCCGCGGCAAGGACAGACAGAAACGUCAUCACGGUCCUCUCUGGCCAAGUGGUGGAGGCAUUUGACAAGCAGUUCCAGGAGCUCUACCUCAUGUCCAAGGGGGUGAGCCUUAAGUCCAUCACCAUGGGUGAAGAGCCCGAACCUGAGCCCGUAACGCUGCCCUCGGUCGUGCCUGUGACCCCUGCCAACGCCGUGGUGAAGAAGCUGAUAAACCCUAAAUACGCCCUGGUGAAGGCCAAGAGCGCCGACCAGAUCAGCAAGACUUCAUCAGAGAACCAGGACAAAAAUCAGAAGACAGACAACAAAGGGAAAGCCCCGCCUGAGGGCCAGGCGGGCGACAGGCACGGCGACGUGGCAGACCUCUCCCUGCUCAUCCACCCUGGUCUCCUGAAUCUGGAGAAAGCCAACAUGUUUGACUAUCUGCCCACCUGGGUCGAGCCUGACCCUGAGCCUGGGAGUGAAGUCUUGGGCUACAUCAACAUUAUUGACCCCAAGAUAAAGAACGUGAAGCUCUCGCAGAUGAACCGCAUCAAAGUCUGCGACGUCUCCCAGGCCAGCGCCCAGCACCGGCAGAUGCUGAAGAACAGGGAGAUGGAGAACAAGAACUCAGACCAAGAGCCACCUCUGGUGUCCCCCUGCCAAAGACAGACCUCACAGACCCCCAUGGAAGCUCCUGCAGCCCCUGCUACCAGCCCCUUUGAAGGUGCCAGCUGGACAACAAAGCAAGCGGGAACAUUUACCACUUCACCAUUGGGCCACCACUUGAAGCCACCAGAGGAGACACUGGAGGACAUCAAGCUCCCAGUUCCUAAGCCAAGAACCAUUCCCGUUGGUGUUCUUGUCACCAAAGUCACUACACCCUGUGAGAGCAGCGCUACCUUUGAGGCUGACAUACAGCCACCACUAGCCGACCACAUGGAUGCAAAACAGGAACCAGAGGAGAACCCCAACAGAGCUUCAAUGGAGACCUGCCAUCUCCAGCCAGACCGGCCAGCAGUGGGACCACAGGAGGACAGAGGGCCUCCCUGCACCCACAAUGGGCUGGGAGAAGAGGAAGAGGAGGAGGAAGAGGAGUACAUCACUCUCAGCGACCAGGAGAGCUACUCCAGCAGCUCUGCUGACCACAGCUACCGCCGCUCCAACGCCUCCUCCAUCUCAGACGAGUACUUCGAGGUGAGGGAUCGCUACGGGCCACUCCGGAGAACCAACUCUGAUGUCACCCACAAUGGGGAGAUCCUGCCCAUCCAGAGGAAGCUCAGUGACCCUCACAUCAGCCGGGGCACCUUCCUCAGCCCCUUGGGGAGCCUUCCAUCCCUGAAGCACGUCCGCAUGGAGGACGUGACGAAGAGGAGGAGCAACGCUGUGGAGAUUAGGUGUGUGCUGCCCCGCACCAUCCUGGAUGGGAACAGCUCCUACCCCAGCAGUGCCGCCCAGGGGACACACAUCUACCGUUACCGACCCAGGAACCCUGCAGGCAGAGAACAAGGCAAAGAGGUCUCCUGCUCUCCAACACAUGAGAAACCCCUUGGGGCCACCAAAUACAGAGGGGAUGGAGCUGAGCCCAAAAAGACCAUUGCAGGCAGCCAGCCAUACUGGCAGAGCAAAGCCUUCAGCCCCACCAAGCCCACACCACACGGCCGCCUGUCACCAAGCAACCCCAGAACAUCAAGCAAACAUUUGAUCUCUCUGCCAGAAAGCCAGAAGACAACCGAGGAGAUGAGGACACCCCUUGGCAUCCCACUCUCCAAACUGUCCCAGUCCAAGCACCUCAAGAACAGGGUUGCGGGAGCCCCGGGUGCUUCUAUUGACUCCAAAAAGAAGCUCCCCGAGACCACCAGCCAGAAGGACCAUUAG